AUGACCGACUGCUGCUGCCUCGUCGUGCACCUCGCGCUGUGCCUCGUCCCGCCGUUCCCGCCGGUCGCCAUCUUCCUCGUCAGCGGGUGUUCCUGCCUCUGCAUCGUCGACCUCGUCCUCGUCCUCGUCUCGGUCGGCAUCCCGCUCUUCCUUAGCCUCCUGCUCAACGUCGCCACCUGGCAGGUCACCGUCGGCGCAGGCCUCGGCAUCUGCUACUUCCUCGCUUUUUGUAUCGCCGUCUGGGCCGUGUGGACGGCCGACCUGCGCGCGUUCUCUCCGAGGGCCACCUUCCGCCGCCCGGCCGUCGGCGCCGCGCCAUGCUCGCCUCUCUGCGGGGCACAGGGGUGA